UGCUGGAUAUGCAAAUACUUGUAUGAGAGCUUUGAUCGCCUCAGGAAAUAAUACGUGUGGUCUUGACAAAAAAAAUGAUUAAAGCAAAGAAUCCUUUUCUUUUCGUGAAUUAUAACAUAACUCCUUUAAAUUAAAAGGACUUGCAUUGGAGAGGGGAAAAAGAGGUUUGAAUGUGCCAAGCGCAUCAUGAUCCGCUUACUAUAAAAGGGUUCCAUGCCAUGCUUCAUCUGGGCAUUCAAUCAACUAUCACACGCAUGUCGUACAUAAAACACAAGUGGUGGUUGUUUCAGUGAAAGUGCAAAGAGACACUUUUUGUGUUCUUCAAUUUCGUGAGCUUUUUGCCAUCCUCCGUGUUACAGGACAAAACAACAUGAGAAAAGUUUGGCUUCUUGUCAUAGUGAUGUUCUACCAUGUCUUUCCUUCAAAAGGAAUCAGCAAUGUUUCUACAAGACCGAGUACUGUUAACAUAGGGGCACUUAUGUCCUUCAAUUCAACCGUUGGCAGAGUGGCUAAAGUUGCUAUAGAAGCUGCAGUGGAUGAUAUAAAUUCCAAUGCAACGAUUCUCAAUGGAACCAAGCUUAAUAUUUCAAUGCUUGACACCAAACUAUCCACUGGGUUCCUAGGAAUCAUUGACUCAUUAAGAUUGAUGGAGAAAGACACUGUGGCCAUAAUUGGUCCCCAGUUCUCAGUCAUGGCUCAUGUGAUUUCCCAUAUUGCAAAUGAGAUGCAAGUGCCUCUACUUUCAUUUGCAGCAACGGAUCCUACACUGACUUCACUGCAGUUCCCAUAUUUUGUUAGGACAACUCAGAGUGAUCUGUAUCAGAUGGCUGCUGUGGCAGAAAUUGUUGAUCACUUUCAAUGGAGAGAUGUAAUAGCAAUUUACAUUGAUGAUGAUCAUGGAAGAAAUGGGGUAGCUGCAUUAGGGGACAAGCUAGCUGAGAAACGCGGUAAAAUAUCGUAUAAAGCACCAUUUAGGCCUAAUAACAUUACCAGGGAAGAAAUAAACAAUGCAUUAGUAAAGAUAGCUUUAAUUGAAUCAAGGGUAAUAGUUCUUCACAUAUACCCUUCUUUUGGUCUACAAGUGCUUCAUGUGGCUCGGUCACUAGGCAUGAUGGGAAGUGGUUAUGUGUGGAUAGCCACAGAUUGGCUUUCUACAUUACUAGAUUCAAACCCGUCAUUGUUCACAACUCAAGCCAUGAAUGACAUCCAAGGUGUUAUCACCUUGCGCAUGUACACCCCCGAGUCAGAAAUCAAAAGAAAUUUUAGUUCUAGGUGGAACAAACUGAGCCAAAAGAAGGAUCCUGAAGAGGGUCCUUUUGCAUUGAACACCUUUGGCCUUUACGCCUAUGACACGGUUUGGUUGCUUGCUUCUGCACUAGAUGCAUUUUUUAAGAGUGGUGGAACUUUGUCAUUUUCAAAUGAUUCAAGCUUAAACAUGUUAAAAGGGGACACCCUUAAACUUGAUACUAUGGGGGUAUUUGUUGAUGGAGUCAUGUUGCUUGAAAAGAUUUUAGAAGUGAACAGAACUGGUUUAACAGGCCAAAUGAUGUUUAGUCCUGAUGGAAACUUGGUGCAUCCAUCAUAUGAAGUCAUUAAUGUGAUAGGCACUGGAAUUCGGAGGAUCGGUUAUUGGUCCGAAACCUCUGGCCUCCACACUGGGGAAACUCCCAAUCAUUCCAAUUCCAGUGAAGGACUAUUUGGUGUCAUCUGGCCUGGCCAAACAACCCAAACCCCGCGAGGUUGGGUUUUCGCCAGCAAUGGAAGACACUUGAGGAUUGGGGUGCCACUCAGAAUUAGUUACCGCGAGUUCGUGUCAAGAACUGAGGGGACUGAGAUGUUUGGUGGUUAUUGCAUAGAUGUGUUCACUGCAGCCCUCAACUUGUUGCCUUAUCCUGUUCCCUACAAGUUUGUUCCAUUUGGAGAUGGUAAAACCAAUCCAUUAAAUACAAAACUUCUCAACAAGAUCACAGCUGGGGAGUUCGAUGCUGUUGUAGGGGACAUUACAAUUACCACAAACCGAACUAAGAUAGUGGAUUUUACACAGCCAUACAUUGAGUCUGGGCUAGUUGUUGUGGCACCUAUUAGGAAGAUGAAAUCCAGUGCUUGGGCUUUCUUGAGGCCAUUCACUCCGAUGAUGUGGUUUGUCACGGGAAUGUUUUUCUUGGCUGUUGGAGUUGUUGUGUGGAUAUUAGAACGUCGCUUAAACGAAGACUUUAGAGGCCCAUCAAGAAGACAGUUUGUGACCAUUAUAUGGUUUAGCUUUUCAACCCUGUUUUUUGCACAUAGAGAAAAAACUGUGAGCACUCUGGGUCGCUUAGUGCUAAUAAUAUGGCUUUUUGUGGUUUUGAUACUCAACUCAAGCUACAUUGCAAGCCUCACCUCCAUCCUAACCGUGGAACAGCUCUCUUCCUCGGUUAAGGGAAUCGAAAGCUUGGCAACAAGCAAUGAACGCAUCGGUUUCCUGAGUGGCUCCUUUGCAGAGAAUUAUCUGACAGAGGAGCUCAACAUUCACAGAUCCAGGCUUGUUCCUCUCAACUCACCAUCAGAAUAUGAAAAGGCCUUGAAGGAUGGUCCUGCUAAUGGGGGUGUCACUGCAAUAAUAGAUGAACGUGCAUACAUGGAGCUGUUCCUUGCAACCAGAUGUGAAUACGGUAUUGUUGGGCAAGAGUUCACCAAGAUGGGUUGGGGCUUUGCAUUCCCGAGAGACUCUCCCCUAGCAAUUGACAUGUCCACUGCCAUCCUAAAACUAUCAGAGAAUGGUGAUCUCCAGAGAAUUCAUGACAAAUGGCUCACAAGAAGUGCAUGCAGCUCAGAGGGUGCCAAACAAGGCAUAGACCGACUUGAGCUAGAAAGCUUUUGGGGUCUGUUCCUACUGAGUGGCAUUGCAUGCUUCAUUGCUCUCCUUUGCUAUGUUAUCAGAAUGGCCUAUCGUUUUAGCAGACACCCCAAUAGUAACCCUGAGGGAUGCUCAUCAUACUAUACUCGUCUUAGAUCAUUCUUUACCUUUGUCAAUGAAAGAGAAGAAGAGGAAGAAAAAAACAUCAUGUCAAAGAGAAAACGAACCGAAAAGGGAUCUAGCAGAAGGGUGGCGCAUGAAGAUGGAUUAAUAAUGGAUGGCUCAAGUGUUAGUGUCCAUAUUGAAAACGAUGCCGCCCAAGGCUAACUAAAAGGGCAUGUUUGAGUACACGUACGUUGCAACAGAUUUUCUCUCAUUCCGAAAGUAACAAAACUGCGUCUUUUUCGUUUUGUGCAUUGGAAA